AUGAAAUUUAAUAUUGCUAUUUGUAUAUAUAUCAUUAUAUCUCUAUUCGUACUCGAAAAUGCCUUUGCAAUGAACUUACCUAGAAUUGGCGAACUUAUCAUUGGAAAACCAAAGAAUUCAGUAAAUGGAAUCUACACUUUAAUGAGAUACUACUAUGGUGAACAAUGCUCAGAUGACAACUCGAUUGUUGGUAUCUAUUACUUGAAUAGCCUAUGUACCAAUGGACAAUUUUACAAGUGUUCUCCAGGAUCCGAUACAAUUCAACUGUACACCUUCCCACUCCAAGAUACAGAUUGUUCAUCAGGACAACCAGAGAUCACCGCCAUUGAAGCAGGAUGCAACGUAACCGUGUCAUAUACCUGUGUUAACCUAUCCAUGUAA